UAUGCUAUGCAGUUGAGAUCGCAUAUCCUGUCAACUGUGAAGCAGUCAUUCCGUUUUUAUAUAUUCUCCUCUUCUGCAUCUCCCUCCCUUAAAUGGCUAUUUCGCUUUGAAUCAUUCAACUCCGCUUUAUAAAACUAUCUGUUUCACCUAUUUCUCUGUUAACUUCUGGGUUCUUCCUUUCCAUCUCCCUCUUGCAUGAUUUCAGAUUUUACUUUUUUUGAUUCGGAAUAUAUGAGUAACACAAUGAGGCCGAGGAUUAAGUUCAUGUUUUAUAUGGUUUAUGACAGAGGUUAACACGAUCCUUUUGCUUCAUUUUCUUUUUCAUCUGUUAAUUAUUGAAUCAAGUCUUGUUUUCUUUCAUAAAUUCUUCAUCAAUCGUCAAAGGCGUUGUGUGGUUUUUAAUUUAUCCCAACAUCCCAAUUAGUUUUCUGUUUAUAUCUUAAUUUCUUGCCUUAACUACGAUGGAUGUGAUGAGUAAAGGAAAAGGGAAGAAAGGCAAUUUGAUCGUCAAGACAUGGGAGAGAUGCAAAUCAAUCGGGCGUAGCAGUAAACUUAAACGUUCAGUUCCAGGUCUCACAGUGAAGAGCAAAUCAUGGCCACGCAUGGAUGCCUCUGCAACCUCGUUUGAUUAUGACGGAGAUCAUCAUCAAAAGCGUCCAAGAAAGCGUCGAGUGGCUCCUGAAGGCUGCUUCUCUGUCUACGUUGGGCCACAAAAACAAAGAUUUGUCAUCAAAACCGAGUAUGUAAAUCACCCACUUUUCAAGUUGCUCCUGGAAGAAGCUGAAUCAGAAUAUGGAUUCAACAGUGAAGGCCCUCUCGUUCUUCCAUGCAAAGUUGACGUAUUUUGCAAGGUUUUAUUAGCAAUGGAUGCAGACAAAGAUGAGAUUCGUCAAGGUUGUACCUUCCCCAGGAGCCAUAGCUCUUAUCGCCUCCUCAGCCCGUCUCGGAUGAUCCCCAUAAACCAAAUCUAAUCAAUCAAAUUUUAUUAGCUUUUUCUAGUACUUGUGUUUACUUAGUUUUAAUUCCUCCGUUUGAGAACGUGCCUGAGAUUAUCUACAAUAAUCAAUAAUCAUGUACAGUAGUAAAGGAUAGUAAUAAUAUCCGAAUCCAAAGCUCUAUCUUUGUAAGAUUAUGAACACUCUACUGUUAUGAAGAAGUUCUAUUUUGUUAUGA